GGGAAAUUUUGUGAAUUGAUUGCUUGAUUCAUUUUUUACCAUAGAAUUGAACAUCCAGAUGUCUUGAGGUCUUUUUCCACUGAUACUUCCACUGAUGCUUGGAGGAAACGGAUACUCGAUAGUUGUGCGAGUUCCUUCAUCUGUUCACCUCUUCAUCUGUUCAUCCUGAGAAUGUCUAUUAUUAUAUUGGAUGCCACAAUCUGCAUACAUAGUUUGAUCCUAGGAUAUCUUCUUGGCGCAUGUCAUGGCAAUGAUGGGCCGAAAGUUGUGUUGCGGGCAAAGAAAUCUUAUCUUCCUGCCCUUACAUACAUUCGGAUGUUCCAUGAAUCAUUUUAUUGGUGGCGUGAUGGAGAAAAACAAAUCUUCUGCUCAAAUCGUUCUUUUGAGACCUGCCUAUAUACUGUGCUGUAUGUCUUACUAUCAAGUCCUGUGUUCUUUCCUCAAAAGUCCGCAUCACGCUAUUUUCGUUUGCGCAUUCUUUUCAUGGUUGACAGUUCUCAGCCAUAUUUUUUCCAAGCUGGUCUGAAUCAACUUCAUUUGCUCGUAUCAUUUUCAAGAGACAUAUGGGGGGUUUUCCACCCCUUGGUGGCUUCAAGAAUUUGCCUGAGCGUUCAAUUAUUUAGUAUUUCAAUAAUCUCUACCUUACUCCAUUUCUUACUUGUCCUUCAUUCUCAUCAUUCAUCGUCCUUCUUUUUGUAUUUAAACCCUCCAUCGUUCUGGAGGUUCGUCAACGCCAUCCUUUAAGCAUCAAUCGUUUUGCUCAAAGCAAUCAUGGCACCACAUUCGUUAAGAGAUUCCUUAUUCUUUGCUGCCACCUUUGGUGUUGCAAGUGCAAGCAUCAAAUUAGAGGGUCGUCAUCCCCAACACUUGGAUCUCGCACCCCGUCAGGCAAAUUGUCCGGCUCCAGUGACAGUCACUGUUUAUCCAAGUGCUUGCUCAGCUGCGCCAUCUUCUACUGUUCCAACAUCUUCGGCUUUCCCUUCAUCAAGUGCGGGACCUGAAUCGAUAACCACUACCGUACCAAUCGUCUCUAGCCAAUUGACUUCCAAUCCUGCUGCGACUAGCAGUGCCUCAGAGACAACUUCUUCCGGUAGUAAUCUUCCAGAAUCUACUUCGAUUCCCGGCAGUUCAGGAAGCCCCUCUUCAUCAAUUGGUCCUGUAUCGUCACAGGGAAGUGUGCUUCCAACUCUUCCAAGCUCCGCAGUUGUAUCAAGUCUCUCAUCGAUACUUCCUUCUUCGGUGCUCCCCACUUUCAGUAUUUCGGAAUCGCAAUCAUCUUCAGUAUACAUUUCUGUUAGCAGUACUUUGUCUUCCGUUGCUAUUCCUUCCAGCAGUAAUGUUCUUUCUACUGCCCCAGGAUCGACCUCGGCAGCUGCUAGCACGUCAAUUCCUGUCAUUAGUAGCUCAUCUGGGUUAUUCAGCUCGUCAGCCGUGAUUAGCUCAAGUACCCCUAUCUCAUCUGAAAUUGUAGCGACUUCAUCAAUUGUCCUAUCUUCAAUUGUGGCUACUUCCGAUAUACCGGUCCAAUCGUCAACCGCAAUAUCAACCGGAUCGACCGUUGCAAGCUCUAGCGUUCUUGAGACAUCUUCGUUCCCAGGUAGCACUGCUUCACUUUCUACCUUGGUCCCAACGAUUGAAUCCUCUUCAUCUGUAGCAGCCAGCUCUUCCAUGCAAGUAAUUUCCAGCUCGGCUAUCGCUUCGCAAAGCUCAGCUGUCGAAACCGUUGCAUCAAGUCUCUCGUCUGGAGUUGCCAGUUCUUCGAUUCCGUUGGUAUCAUCUUCGGCUGUAUCUCAAUCAGCCUCAAAUUCUGGAAGUUCUGUUGAUUCUGCAUCUGCCACGUACUCGGCAUCUGCUUCCAGUAGCUUAACUUCUUCCGAAUCGGUAAUUACUUCGAAUACCUUGGUCACGUCCGAAUCUGCUCAGGCAUCUGCAACUUCUACCCCUCCAGUCAUUUCCACUUCUGCCAUAGAAUCUAGCAUUGUUUCCAGUUUCUCUUCCGGAGUUGCUAGCUCAUCGAUUGGACUAGAAUCUAGCUCAAGCGUCCCCGUCGUCUCAAGUUCAACCUUGUCCGAAUCAGCAUCGGCGUCGGCUAGCUCGGCUGUAUCCGAAGGAUCUUCAUUCUUAUCUUCGGCCACUAGCUCUGCUUUCGAAAGUGGCACUUCCUCGGUCUCAUCUUACAUUGCUAUAAGCUCCACGAUCCCAGAAUCCGUAUCUUCGUUAGAGUCUAGCGCACAGCCAACGGUAACUUUGAGUUCGCUUCCAAUAACUUCCGUUUUGAGCUCUGAGUCUACUUUAACACCUAGUAAUCCAAUCAGUUCAUUUGUUCCAACCUCCACCGUUGCUGUAUCUAGCAGUGCUGCUUCCUCGUCGGCUGCAAUUAGCUCGAGUGCCAUUGUAUCCUCAACCCCUGCAGCUAGCUCCAGUGCUACCACUACCGGAACAACGAUUACUGGACCAACUCAAGUUCCAUCCAUCGUUACUGCUGCUGGUGUAUACGAGGAGAUAGGAUGUUUCUUAGACUCCACCUUCGAUGGUUUCCCAUUGACUCCACCUCCCAUGCCUGUUAACAACAAUAGUUCUCCGACUGUCACUGAUACACCAGCUAGCUGUGCAUUGUUCUGUUCCACUGCGAACAAUGGUGGUCCAUUCACAUACAUGGGAAUAGAACCAGGUCAUUGUUAUUGCUCAAAUGGAUUCAAUCUCGGUCAACCAGAAGGUAUUUGCAACUUCCCAUGUCCAGGUGAUCCAUCGCAAUCUUGUGGAGGAAAUUCACCAGCUAGAAGAUUCGCAAGACGUAAUGGUCCACCUUCAAUUGUCGCUUACCAGCUUAUCCCUGCCGCUGUGUCAUCUUCUGCUAUCAGCUCAUCUUCUGCUACCUCCUCAUUGGUUCAAUCUUCCCGAAGUAUCAUCUCUUCUGCUGCUUCUAGCACAGUUCCUCAGUCUGCAUCGGCUAGUCUCACUUCUUCGGCUGUUUCUUCUUCGAUUGUCUCGAGUCAAUCCUCUGCCGUUCCUUCCUCCGAUGUAUCUAGCAUUGUCUCAUCCAUCGUCCCAAGCCAAUCUGCUUCGGCUUCGGCUUCAGCCUCGGUAUCUGCUAGCACAAGCUUUUCUGAAGUUUCGUCCAGUGUUUUGCAAUCUUCAUCCUUGGUAACUCAAUCUGCUUCCGCCUCGUCAUCUGCUAGCGGAAGCUCUUCUGAAAUUUCAUCCAGCAUUUUACAAUCUUCUUCCGUGGCAUCUCAAUCUGCAAUACUGAGCACUAGUAUCCUUCUCUCCUCGGAAAUUCCAGUAACAACUUCAAAUGCCGGAUCCUCAAGCGUGCUAUCUUCAAAUAUCGCGUCUUCGAUUAUAGCAUCAUCAACCGGUGUAGCCUCAUCAAGUGGAGCCGCUAGCACUUCUACAUUUGUUGAAACUUCCUCGGCCAUUCCAAUCAGUUCUUCUGCCGUUUCUUCGAUAGUUCUAUCGAGUCAAAGUACUAUUGAGCCAACGACUUCAGCUGCUCCUUCCAGUGCUAUCCCAACCACUUCUGCAUCCUCUUCUGUUGAGCUCAGUUCUAUUCAAUCUUCGGCCUCUUCCAGUGGUGUGCCGACCACUAUUGAGCUAUCGGUCUCAUCUAGUGCCAUAUCCACAUCUGAGCCAGUUUUCACCAGUGCUGUACCUUCCAGUAGUGUAGGAUCUUCAAUCUUAUCCAGUGAGAUUAUUAGCUCGUCAGCACUUCCUUCCAGCAUUGUUGGACCAUCCACUAGCCAAGCUACUGAUUCUGCAUCAAGCACGACUGAACAAUCAUCAGUUGCGUCUUCCGUACUUCCAGAAUCUAGCACUGUUUCCAACAGUGCUCAACCAACCACCACCUUGGCUUCCACGACCUCCGAAUCUUCCUUGGUCGUCAGCUCAGAAUCUAGCACCAUCCUAAGUACCGUGCUACCCACUACUUCAGCUGCCUCUACCAUCGAAUCUUCUUUGGUCCUCAGCUCAGAGUCUAGCACCAUUCCAAGUACUGUGAUUCCUACUACUUCAGCUGUUUCUGUUACCUCUGAAUCCUCCUCGAUCAUUAGUACAGAAUCUAGCACCAUCCCAAGUACUGUACUACCCACCACUUCAACUGCAUCCACCACCGAAAUCCAAAGCUCAUCCACCACCUCUGAGCUUCCCAGCAGUACAUUAUUCUCCUCGGCUGAAUCUUCCUCAACCCUACCAACCUCCUCUGCUGCCCCAUCUUCAUUCUCCACCCGUACUUCCUCAAGUUCGAGUUCGAGCACCACUUCCACUUGUCCAGCAGCAACUAUCACAAAUGGUGGAUUUGAAUCCGGAUCUUUAUCUCCAUGGGCACCAAGAAGUGAUGGUAUUGCCAAUGCCAAGAGUAAUGUUGUUAUCAACAACCCUGCCGUUGCUCACACUGGUAACUCUUACCUUCAAAUAACCAUGACUCAAGACUUCUUGUCCCUUAUCCAACAAACCACAACCAUUUGCCCCACCACCAAGUCCCUCACAGUCACAGCCUGGGGUCAAGCCGCCAAGUCCCGUGACUGCUGGCUCCAAAUCUGUGUUAACAAAGACACUUAUUGUUCCGUUCCCACCCCUCUCAAGAAGGGUAAAUGGAAGAAGAACACACUCGUCUACAAACCCAAGAAGAACUUGGUUGGAAAGACAGAUGCCAAGGUACAGAUUUACACCGAGUGUAGAGGAGAGAGCGACGGUAUGGUAUUAGUUGACGACGUGGUUAUCACCAAGACGAAGUUGAGCAGUAGAGAAAUGACCCCGCAGUUGGCGCCAAGAAUGGGGACGUUGAGAACAAUUGGGGCUUAGAAUUUUCUUUUCAUUCGUUGAGAGGAAGUACUUCUGCAAUUUAAGCGUGUACGCUAGUGUUGUUGGCGAAGGGGAAUCUCGAUAAUGUGGGUGAAUGGGGAGGAUUAGAUGCGAUUCUUUUUUUGUUCUUCCAAGUUUUUUUUUAGAUCUUGAUUUUGGAUUGAAGUUCUUUUCUUAGGAGAAACUAGGGUUAAGAUAAGAUAAGGAUAUGAGAAGCAAUGUAUGAGGAAAAUAUACGACGGAUCA